AUAGCAACAUUAUCAUGUGAUGUCUCAACUGCUUCCCCUCACUUGUACGAUUUAACAAUGCAGCGGUACCGAUGAGCAAACUCUGUCCUCAACAAGUUUAGGAAUAUUUUUUUUUUUAAAUCGGGCACAGCAAGAAAUUCAAACACGUGUGAACCAUCUAAUCGCAUCAAUUAUUGAAAUGGAUCAGGUGUGAUGAUGCUGGAUCAGGAUCUUCCUCUUAUUUUUCUUCUUCUACUAUAAGGUAAGGAUUUUUUUUAAUAUGUUAAUUUGCAGAUUUUCAGAUAAACUUCUUUAAGAUACAUAGAUUAUAUUUAUCUGUAACAUGUUAAUUGUUAUUGUGUAAUGUUAAUUAUUAGGCAAGUUUAGACAGAACAUUGGACAGCAGAUGUAUCACUAGACAUAUAAAUUAACAAAUUAGCAUUUAAAAUUUAUUUUGAUUGGCUAAAGUAAGUUUUGAAUUGGAAAGAUGUAAUGUCAUACAAUAAAAUCUUAUUUUACUUUUAUACUGAUCGGUGUUCACUCUGGUAUCUAGAAAGGGUCGGACCGGAGCGAUCCAGUAUAGCAGCUGGUAACGUUAAAACAGGACACGAAGAGCAGAGAUUUGAUCCGUCCUCUAAUUGCUGUGAUUCCAAAGCGUUGCAAUUACAGAGAUCGAAGCAGCUGCAUGCAAGUUGUCGUCACAGAGAGUGCAGGCAAGCCUAUUGUAUAUUGUUCAUACCAGAGUUUCCUAGAUUUGAAAUUGUAUUUUGCUUAUUCUCAAAACUCAAAUUAGAAAUCAUAAAACUGAUUCUCUUUGGUCUGACAUUGCCAGGUACUGAAGAUGAUUGCUUACACCAAUCUCGGGAUGUAUUACUGGGCAAUCACAAUAUUCUUUGGAAAUAGCUAGUUACUUCAUGGAGAUGUUCCCCAAUGGACGCCUCGAUGGACAAGAUGAGCACAACCUGAAAGAGCUUGACGUUCUUCCGCAAUCACUCAUGGUGGAACACAGCUUGAAUAUACCGCAAGUAAACGACAAACUAGAGUCCAAUCAGUCCCUUAGCCAAUCACGGCGAAACAGCCGUUCUGAUUGUGAGUCUGCUAUGGAGGAAACGCUACCCCAGAUAAUUAAAAAGCUCCACAUUGAAGAUGUUAAACAAGACGAGGAGCAAGGUUCUAAUAAUCUAGUGGAUCAUAUCCUGAAAGAGCUCAAAGGCAUAAAUAAGAUCCAGGAGGAAAUAUCAGACCUCAGGCAGUACUUAACGUCCGUGCGAGGCUCAGUGGACGAAGUUUCGUGUUGCGUUGACGCGGUGCUAAGUGAAAUUGGCGAGUUAUACUCCGGAGCUUCAGCUGCACCUUACUCGAGUCCACUUUCUCAAAGUCACAGAAUCAGGCGAGGAAGCUUAGGAAGACAGAACGCUGUUACGUCACCUCUCAAGAGACCGACUGCUCCGCUGUCUGAUUGCAAAAAAACAUCUCACGGUCCUUCCAAGCAAUCGAUUGGCGGUCAAAUUACACUCCAAUCAAACCAACAACCAAUUCAGGACAAAGAAUUACAAAGUUCAAAUAUACAGGAGCUUUUUCGUCUUCCUCAAGGUCAGGACUACCAACGUAACCACUCUUUGUCAUCCUGUGACUACUCCAGGUCAGGAUUUAUUUGUAUUGACCCAGAAAAUGACAGGUGGCCUUCUGAACACUUCAGUACUUGUGGAGAGGGAGGUUGGAGCGAGAGUGAACCCUCCUAUGGAAAUAUUGAAGAGCCACAUGUUUGGGACGACUGUUGUCCAGAAACACAAAGCAACACACCAGGUCAUUCUUCAGGCGCUAGUUCAGAACAUCUCUCAUUACUUUUUGGAAUUCAUUACAACUCUCCCGCAUGUUCUCCUAGUUUGGACAAAUGUCCAAAUACAGAGGGGAGGUUCUCUUCCAUUAGUGGGAGUUGCUCCAAUAUCUUCUUGACAGACUGUGAUGGUGGGGACCUGUGUGAUGACUACACAUCAUCUGGAGACACUCUUGAACUUGGAUCAGGACAGAGUUUGGACCAGGAUUGGACUGAUCACAGCAUCUCAAAAGAUGAUGGAGGAGAAUCUGUGUCACAACAUUCUUUAGAGGUUUCUUCCAGUGUAGGAUUUGAUCUUAGGACUUUUAGCAAAGCUGUGCUAAAUUUCAGGUCUUCUGUGAAGGGGGCUUGGAAAAUGUUUGACGGCCUCAACCCUGAUGAUUUGGAUGAUGACAUCUUGGAGACAUCUCUGCCUGUCAUUACACACACAGAUGUGUCCAACAAUCACACUCCAUGUGUCCCCACAACGGAGGUCAGUGAAGUUUCAGACGUUCAAGAUCCUGGAAAGAUAUCGGACAAACCGUCAUGUUCCGUCCAAUCAUUGGAGCAAGAGUCUGGCCACUCUCUGUCAAUCGUAACAGAUAGAAGUGAUGAAGAGAUUAUUCAAAUCAAAGAAGACUAUAAAACUAAUUCGGAAAUGCCCGACCUUUACCUUAACCCAAAUGAUUGCCCCGUCAUCCAAGAUGAGAGUCCGUUGGAUGCUUUGCCCAGUUCAGAUGAAGUACCCUUCAGUUGUCCUCCUGAAAACAUGGUGGAGGAGCUUGGAAAACCUCUCGAUUCCGAUCACAAAGCACGUAUAGCUAACUUUCAGCGCAUUCUUCGGGAAAAGAAGCAGAUUCAUCAGCGGCUGUCCCAGUCUACUCAAGGAUCUCAGGGGUCUUGUGGUUCUCAAGGUUCUCAAGGAUUUCGAUCUCAGGAGAUGUGUAUUAAAGAGACAGUGCAAGAAGAAAAUCAGGUUGCUCCAAUUCUGUUAGCUCCAUAUUAAAUUUUUUAUUUGUGUGCUGUAUGUUUUUAUUUUUGCCGUCAGUUUUUGUUUACUGCAAAUAAGGCUUCAUAACACUGUUGGAAGUAUUAACAUAAAAAAGUAGAAUUUUUGGGGAUUAUUUUGGUGACUGUGAAAUAAUUUGUAUGAUAAAAUAUUUCAACAAAUGUUUGUGAAAAUAUCUUUUAUCAUUAUUUAUUUUAUCAUUAAACAUAACCCUGUAGAGGGGUGGAAACUUGUGCUUCAACCUAGUUCCAUUUCUUUCUUUGUGGC